AUGGGGCGCCUCAAAGGAGCUAAGAAUGCCAUCGAUUACUUCGGCUCGGGCCAAAAGGCCACAGGCCAAAAAGAUCAAGUCCAUCAGCCUAGCUCAACAUCAUCGCCAUUCUCGUCCCAACAACAAGUGCAACAAGCACAACAGCAGGAAUCCGGGUUCCGCCGCUUUCUAUCCCUAUUCCGGGGCGGUUCCCAAGCCGCUCAGCCCCAGGAAGGACCCUCCAGUCGCGCCGCCUCGAGCUUCCUUCUGGCCUGGCGCAGCACGCGUGUGCCUGCCGAUGUUCUCAACCUCGAUCGCCACAAAGCCUCCCACAGCUUCGCUUCCCAGCUCGCACCAAGCUGGGAGUCCAAGGCCACGGGCGGCGUCGCGGCUUCAAGCAGCAAACUGCCGUCGCCGCCGCAGCCGCAGCCGCCCUCGUCUCAGCAGAUCCUGGACCAGCAGAAGGCGUCAGAGGAGCAGGGCCGCGCUGCAGACCGCGAACGGCUGGCUGACGAGCAAAGGAGGCGGCAGCAGCAGGCGGCCAAACUUCAGGAGCUUCAGCGGCAGGCGACGUUGAAAGAGCGCGCGGACGUUGCUGCCGCGUCAGCAGCGGCGGGUGUACGGCUGGAAUACCAGCCGUCGCAGCGCAGAGGCGCUGGAGGAGGAGAAGAAGGAACGGGAGCAGGAGAGGUUCCGGAGGUGACGGCCGUGGAGCGGCCCGGUGCACCCGGUCGACCGUGUGAUUGUGGACCGCCACCAGCAACACCGCCACCGCCGCCGUACCGCGAAGACGGGGAGGUGCAACAGCAGCAGCAGCAACAGCAGCUGGAACAGCCGCAGGGGCUACAGCAGCAGCGGCAGCCAGACACCGUGCUAAAGGUAGACGGCGCCCAUGGGUCGCAUCAGUUAGGGGACCCGGCGGCACGGGCAUCGGGAGCAGACCCACGGGUCACGAAGUCAAUGCGUCGAAUGGACCUUCCUCCUUCGUCUCCUUCAUUCGCAGCGGCGGCGUCCGCGAACAACCUUGCUAAUCCCCGCGGUGACACAGGCGGGGCUGUAGGCACAGGGGUUGUAGCACCGCCUGUCCUCAGCGGCUGUAGCAGCAACAACUACGGCCGCCUGAGCCUAGGCGGCAUUCCGUACGACGUCCACCAGCAGCAGAUAUCGCUGUCGGCGGCGACGUCAGCAUCAACUUCAGGGCUUCCCGCAUUACCCCCGUUGCAUCCGCCGGCGUCACCAAGGUUACCGCUGUCGGCGGCGCCGCUGGCUCUGACCUCGGCAUUGCCAUCAACGCCGAAGGCCGGUGUGUCGCCGUCACUGGCGGCGCCGGCGCUAGAGGUGACCUUGCUUGCCCUGGCACCCGCACAGCCAUCAUCGCCGACCAUGGAUAUCAUACUCGGCGCUGGGCCGCCGAAGGUUGCGGCGGCGGCAGGCAGCGGCGACUUGCCGACAUCCACACCCCUUGCACGGCAGCGCUCCAAUCGCUCGAUCACUGAUAUGGGGGGUUGCGGCGGUCGCCCGCUGGAGGGUCUCGGACCGCCGUCCCUCACCGCCGCUGUUGCCCUGGCCACGGGCGCUGACCUGCGCCCUGUCCGCGAACCCCUGCGGCGUGUGUCGAUGCCGGCGGUCUUUGGCUACAGCAGCGUACGGCGUACAUUAAAUAGCCUGCAAAGCCAGCGACAUAGCUAUAAUGGCAUGGCUACCGCCGGCGGUGUCAGCGGCGGCGGCGGUGGUGGUGCCGCUGCAGCCGCUGCGGACUGCAGCUACAGCCAAAAACGUGACAGGCCGGCUUCAAGCUCCGGCAUAGCCGUACCGGUCCUGAAUCGCAGCUACAGCCAGCAGCGCGAGUAUAACGAGCAACAAUCGGCAUACGGCUCCGCGCCAACAGAGCAACAGCCGAAUUGGAGGUAUUGGAAAAAUCGCGCCCAGGAAUCGAAUUGGGGCCUUUGGAAAUCACAUAGCAACAUGUCUUCGAAGUUGCGUCAAGACUUGGAUGGUCGCGCGGCUGAGGAAGUGGGCGAUUCAGCGCGGCGGUCCUCUGGCUCCGGAACCAACUUCCCCGUCCCGCGCGGCAGUGGAGGAGGCAGUAACAGUAGCGCUACAGCGCCCCGUUGGAAGCACAUGCUGGAGGCGACGAUGGCGGUGCUUUCGGCAUCCGACAGGUCACUCGGCGGCGGCAGCAGUGGCGGCGGCGGCGCCGACAGUCCCAUUCGCGCCGCCACGACAGCGGCCACGCAGGCCGCUCUAGGGGAGCACGGCAGCGGCAGUGACCGCUCUUACGAUGGGAUGGCAGCGCUACCUGGGGCUCUGACGCGGGUUAAUACCGUACGGACACCGCGCGCUGUAACGCCAGCCGCCAGGACGGGACGGGUGUUGUUGCGGGUGCCGACGCAGCGUCCGACUUUAAUUGCUUGUGCAUCUAACAGCUCCAUUGACGACGGCGACGGCGGCAGCGGCAGCUGCAGCGGCAGGCAAUCCGAUGGUGUUGAAAGCGGCGAAUUUGAAAGAAUUGCGGCGCCGCCGUCGUCAGGGGUUGCAACGGCAACUGGGACGAGCCCACGUGGAGGCCGCCGCGGAGCAGCGGCAGCGGUGGGGCCGCAGCCGCAGCCGCCGCUGCCAUCGAGGCUCUCCGCACAGAGCGGUGGCGUGACGGGACAGCAGCCGACUUCGCCGUCGGUGGCGGCGGCGUCGAUGUCAACCACCGCUAGCCCGCGGGUUGCGAUGGGGGAGCGGGCGCGGGAAAGGUCCCAGACAGCUGCGGACGACCACGUAGCCAAAGCCAGCCCUCGCCCGGUCCGUCUCAGCGCCCCCAACGCGCCCAUACCUCCAGCGACGACGCCAACGCCGCUGCCACGACUGGCUCCAAGCCCGCCAAGCGGCGGCCACGGGACCUCCUCGCUAACCGCUGCCGUCGCCGCCGCUGCUGGUGGAGCGGCGCCGCUGGCGCCAUCGCCGUCUGUGGGCCACCGAGUGUCACCCGUGGGUGGGGGCGUCGGCGGCGGUGGCGGGCCGUACGAUGAGCCGUUGCGCUCCGGUCCUGUUUGCGCUGUCAACGCGCGCGACGGCGACAGUGAAGGUCCUCCUCCUCCUCCUCCGCCGCCGCCGCCGCCGGCCGCUGAGAUGCCUCCACGGGUCGGCGCCAAUGGGUUGGGGGCCAAUCCGCGCUCCCGGAGGGUGCUCUAUGUCGCCGGCGGCUUUGGAGAGCAGCCUCAAGACUUGAGCGGCGCGUCAGUCGCAGCUGUUGUAAAUCUCGCAGCUGCAGUAAAGAGAACAAGCGACGUCGUUGGGCGACGCACUCCUUCCAUCCGUCGUUGCUUCAGCGGUGUUGCCUCCCUUAUGCUUCCGGCAUUGCCAGUGGCCUUGUUGGUCUGCGUGUGA